AUGAGCCGGCAGUGCUUCAGUUCCCGGUCCCUUAAUGGAAGACGGCCAUCAUCUGGCUCGGCCAUCAGCAGUGGAUUUAGGGGUGGCAACAGUCUGUCUUCCAUCUGCUACACCGGAGCAGGCCGAUGUGGUGGCUACAGCAGUAUAAGCCACUAUAAUAUCGGCCGUAGCAGAAGACUUUCUGGCGGAAGCCUUGGUGGAUACGGAGGAAGUUCUGGUGGAUACAGUGCAGGCUUUAGGGACUUCAGUGGUUUGGGCUAUGGUCCUGGGCCAUUGGGCUAUGGUUUUGGGCAUGUAGGUUAUGGUGCUGGCAUUGGCAGGCCUGGAGGCUUCAGUAGUCGAAGUGCAGGGGCCUAUGGCACAGCUGGAGGAGUCGGCAGCCAAAGCCUUGGAGGCUACGGCGGCGAAGGAAGUGGUAGCUACAGAUAUGGUGGCUUCAGCAGCCAAAGUUUUGGUGGCGUUUGUGGCAGAGGCUAUAGGACAGUUGGCUUUGGCAGCCCGAGUCUGGGUGGUGGUGUGUAUGGCAGCAGAAGCGUUAUUUGUGGCCGCCCUGUUUGUGGGGGUUUGGGCUACGAGCCCAUUGGCCGUUUUGGUGACUGCAGGGGGAUCCAGUCGGUCAGGGUCAAUACAAACCUCUUGAGGCCCCUUUGCAUACAGGUUGAUCCAGAGAUCUCUAGAGUGAAGGUGGAGGAGCGAGAGCAAAUCAAAUGCCUCAAUGACAAGUUUGCCUGCUUCAUCGAUAAGGUGAGGCACUUGGAGCAGCAAAACAAGCUUUUGGAAACCAAAUGGAAUUGCCUUCAGCAACAGGGGCCUGUUGAGAAGAAAACCAUUGACCACCUGUUUGAGAACUACAUUGCAACCUUGAGGAGGCAGCUGGAUCUUUUGCUGAAUGAGCGGGAGCAGCUGCAAUGUGAGCAAGCUAAAUUCCAGGAUGUGGUCGAAGAGUACAAAUGCAGGUAUGAAGAAGAAAUCAACCGGCGUAUGGCUGCGGAAAAUGAAUUUGUGUUGCUGAAAAAGGAUGUAGACUGUGCUUACACCGGCAAAGUGGAGCUGGAGGUGAAAGUGGAAGCUCUAAGACAGGAGCUGGAGUUCCUCAGAUGUGUCCAUGAAGCAGAAAUAGAAAGCUUACAGACAACAACAGCUGACACCAAUGUUGUUGUGUCUAUGGACAACAACCGAGAGCUGGACAUGGAGGGGAUCAUUAACUCUGUGAGGUGUCAGUAUGAGGAGAUUGUACAGAGGAGCAAGGAUGAGGUCAAUGCUCUUUACGAAACCAAGUUCAAAGAUCUGCAGUCCACCUAUGGGCAUCACUGUGACGCUUUGGCUAAGGGCCGCCAUGAAAUCCAGGACCUGACGCGCCUUAUCCAGCGACUCAAGGCUGAUAUGGAAAAUGCCAAGAAACAGAUUGAUGUACUACAGACAGCUAUCGCUGACAAUGAGCAGCGUGGCGACUGUGCCCUGAAGGAUGCCAAGGCCAAACUUGCGGAGGUGGAGAAUGCCCUGCAGUGCUCUAAGGAUGAACUUGCCCGCCUGCUAAGGGAUUACCAGGAUUUGCUGAAUGUCAAGAUGGCUUUGGACAUCGAGAUUGCUAUGUAUAGGUCACUUCUGGAAGGAGAAGAGAGCAGGAUAUGUAGUUCUACUCCAGUUAACAUAGCUGUGUUGGGUUGCUCCAACAUCUCUCCAGGCGGUGGAGCUGCAUAUGGUGGUACCUUGGGAGGAGGUGGUGGAUUUGGAAGGAGAUGUGUCUAUGGACUUGGAUCAGAAGGACAAAGUGCCAGCGGCGGUGGAGGAUUCAGUUCCAGAAGUGGAAGGCUGAACUACAGAGCUGGAUUUAGCUCUAGGAGUGGAGGGUACCUUUCGAGAUGCACAAUGAGCUCUGGAUUUGGGCAGUGCAAUACCAGUAGUGUGGCUCCCUGUGGACCUAGGGAUUGUGGCUUAGGAUCCAUAGGCAGUGGAGGCUUUAGUUCUAGGAGCAGAGGAUAUAGUUCCAGAAGCGGGGGUUGCAGCUCAAGUGGACCAUGCAUUUCCUCAGCUGGUGGAGGCUACACCACUGAGAGCACAGGAGGCUGUGGAGUGACCCACACCUCUGAGUGUUCAAGCGGUGGCUACGCCACUGGUGCUGCUGCUUCUGCUAAUACCGGAUGCAGCAGUGGAGACGCGAGACGCAACUCUGGGAGUGGAUGUCGAACAGGAUGUAGACUGAGUGCAUCCUCUAUAUCCCAGCCUGGUGGAAGAAGUGGAAUUGGUGGCUAUAGCACCAGGAGUCUCUCAACUAUAGGUGGAAUCAGAAGAAUUUCUUGCGUUGGAGGCUACCAGAUUGGGGGCUAUGGAGGUCUUGGCGCUGGACAUCACAUUACCUAUGGUGGUCAGAGCUAUUGUGGCAUUCCAAGAAGCUAUGUUGAGCUCAGAAAUUAUGCUGGCAGUGGUCAAAAUGACCAUUUCCAUGAAGUCAGCAUCAACGAACGCCUCCUAAAACCACUCUGUAUAGGAGUUGACCCUGAGAUCCAGAAAAUACGCACUAAAGAGAAGGAACAGAUGAAAUCUCUCAACAACCAGUUUGCUUGCUUCAUUGAUCAGGUCCGAUGUCUAGAGCAGAAGAACAAGGUGUUGGUGACCAAAUGGAACGUCCUGCAAGAGCAGAUGCCACCUGCUAGGAUAGAUCUCGAUUCCCUCUUUGCAAGAUGCAUCUGCGGCCUACGCAAGCAGCUGGAGUUCUUGCAGAAUGAAAAGGAGCAAAUGGAACCGCAGCUGCAGAACAUACAGCAGAUCGUAGAGGAGCUUAAAUGCAGGUACGAGGAGGAAAUCAACCGGCGCACGGCUGUAGAGAAUGAUUUUGUUCUGCUUAAGAAGGAUGUAGAUUGUGCUUUCUUGAACAAGGUGGAGCUGGAAGCCAAGGUGGACACAAUGAAGAGGGAGGCUGAAUUCCUGAGGUGUGUACAUAAGGAGGAGGUUGCUCUGCUGGAAAAUCAGAUUCAGUGUCAGGCUUCAGUCAUGGUGCAGAUGGAUAACAAUCGAGAUCUGGACAUGAACGCCAUCCUCCAGAAUGUCGAAUCCUGGUAUCAGAGCAUUGCACGAAGGAGCAAAGAAGAAGUGAAUACUUUGUACCGAAGCAGAUACCAGGAACUCCAGGACCAAAGAUGCCAAAUUAGCAACGAUCUAAAGAUCAACAAGCGAGAGAUUGCAGAGCUCAACCGGAUGGUACAGAGGCUGCAGUGUGAACUGGAAAAAAACAAGAAGCAGGUUGCAUGUCUACAGUUGGCCAUUUGUGAUUCUGAGCAGCGUGGUGACUGCAGCCUUAAAGAUGCACAAGAGAAAUAUGACGAUCUAUCCAGUUCCUUGCACCGAUCUAAAGAUGAGUUGGUAUGCAUGCUGCGCAACUAUCAGGAGCUUCUGAAUGACAAGCUGGCACUGGAUAUUGAAAUAGCUACAUACAAGUCACUGCUGGAGGGAGAAGAAAACAGGUAUUCCUUGACUAUUUUCCUACAGGAUAUAGAAAAGUUACUGUCACUGUCUAAGCUGUCUAGUUCAACUGAAUACAGGACCAGUUAA